CGUUGCCCCGUGGCUUUGUUAAGAGCGUGCCUGAGCUCGAGGCGCUCGGUCAGAAUCGCUGGUCGUUAGAGAUCGGAGGCGCAGACACGAGACGUCGAGGAAAGAGCAGCCAACGAGAGCCGCACCGCGCCAACAGCUUUCGACUCGCAGUACCAACACCACACGACUCUGAAAUUUACACUAAAUAUGUCUACUACCGUCUACUGUCAAAUAAACCGGGUUAUAAUGCGUGAUUAUCACAGAAAAAACUUGACUCUAUAGCCAACGUGAUCCUGAGGACUCAAUUACAGUGGCUUUAAGCCUGAUAGUUUGAGCUGGUGCGGCCGCUGCCUGGAAUCGCACUGCUUCUGCCUGCCCCCUCUGCAAAAGAAGACUUGGGCUCCCCUGUCCCUGGUCUGCUCUGCCGGUGCCUUUCUAACUCCCUCCAUUGUUACCCGUACUGGUCCCUCAAGUUACAUCAUUCUCUAUUAGGCUAAUAACAAACUGAAGAAAAUGAUUCCCAACGGCUACUUGAUUUUUGAAGACGAAAGCUUUCUUGAUUCCACUGUGGCCAAAAUGAACGCCCUGCGCAAGAGUGGUCAGUUCUGUGACGUCAGACUUCAGGUCUGUGGCCAUGAGCUCAUGGCUCACAGAGCUGUUCUGGCUUGCUGCAGCCCCUACCUUUUUGAGAUCUUCAACAGUGACACAGAACCCCAUGGAAUCUCCCACGUGAAGUUUGAGGAUCUGGACCCAGAGGCAGUGGAGAUCUUGCUUAACUAUGCCUACACUGCCCAGCUGAAGGCAGAUAAAGAACUGGUUAGGGAGGUCUACUCUGCUGCCAAAAGGCUCAAGAUGGAAAGAGUCAAGCAGAUCUGUGGUGACUACCUUCUGUCAAAGAUGGAUUGCCAGAGUGCCAUCUCCUUUCGCAACUUUGCCAGCAGCAUGGGGGACGUGCGAUUCCUGAGCAAGAUUGACGGCUAUAUCCAGGAACACCUGCUGGAGAUCUCAGAUCAGGAGGACUUUCUCAAACUCCCACGACUCAAGCUGGAAGUAAUGCUGGAGGACAACCUGAGUCUGCCCAGCAACGGCAAGCUCUACUCCAAGGUGAUCAACUGGGUGCAGCGCAGCCUGUGGGAGAACGGGGAGCAGCUGGAGAGGCUUAUGGAGGAGGUGCAAACGCUGUACUACUCAGCGGAUCACAAGCUGCUCGAUGGGAGUCUGCUUGAGGGACAGACUGAGGUGUUUGGCAAUGAGGAUGACCACAUCCAGUUUGUGCAGAAGAAGCCCCUGCGUGAGAACACCCACAGGCAGCUGAGCAGCAGCUCCUCUGGAAGUCUCUCUCCCAGCUCUGGGCCGCAACACGGCAAGCUUGAGUGGAAGUACAUUGCCUCUGAGAAGACCACCAACAACACCUACCUGUGCCUGGCGGUUCUGAACGGCGUCCUGUGCGUGAUCUUCCUGCACGGCCGCAACAGCCCCCUGAGCUCCCCCUCCAGCACCCCCUGCAUGCUGAAGAGCAUGAGCUUCGAGGCGCAGCCGGAGGAGCUGGAGGAGAAGCUGCUGUCGCCCAUGCACUACGCCCGCUCCGGCCUGGGCACCGUGGAGCUGGCCGGCAAGCUGAUCGCCGCAGGAGGCUACAACCGGGAGGAGUGCCUACGGACUGUGGAAUGCUAUGAUCCAAAGACGGACCGUUGGACUUUCAUCGCCCCAAUGCGAACACCGAGGGCCCGCUUUCAGAUGGCUGUGUUGAUGGGUCAACUGUACGUGAUGGGAGGCUCCAAUGGCCACUCGGAUGAACUGAGCUGUGGGGAAACCUACGACCCAAGAGCAGACGAGUGGACCCAGGUGCCUGAACUUAGGACCAACCGCUGCAACGCAGGUGUCUGCUCUCUGAACAACAAGCUGUAUGUGGUGGGAGGGUCUGACCCAUGUGGACAGAAAGGCCUGAAGAACUGUGAUACUUUUGACCCCGUAACCAAGACCUGGACCAACUGCGCCCCCCUUAACAUCCGAAGGCACCAGGCUGCAGUGUGUGAGCUCGAUGGCUUCAUGUAUGUGAUCGGAGGGGCGGAGUCCUGGAACUGCCUGAAUACUGUGGAGCGCUACAACCCAGAGAACAACACCUGGACCCUGGUCGCCCCGAUGAAUGUGGCCAGGCGUGGGGCAGGAGUGGCUGUGUACGAAGGGAAGCUGUUUGUGGUGGGCGGGUUCGACGGCUCCCACGCCCUGCGCUGCGUGGAGGUCUACGACCCGGCCAAGAACGAGUGGAAGAUGCUGGGCAGCAUGACGUCGGCCCGCAGCAACGCGGGCGUGGCCGUGCUGGGCAGCAUCAUCUGCGCGGUCGGAGGCUUCGACGGCAACAACUUCCUCAACUCCAUGGAGACAUACAACGCCGACACCAACGAGUGGAGUCCCUGCGUGGAAGCUUUUGCUGCUGUCUGAACGAAUGGAGCACCUUUCUCAAACUAACAGGCUUAGUGAUGUAAUUGUGUUUAGUGAAGUCCUAUAUGUGAGCGGGUGGGGGAGGGGUCUUCAGCGAAGACUGGUGGUAAA